CUAUCUAUCUAUCUAGGUAUCGAUUUGGGCAUUACGGUAUCCCUUGGUAUCCGUUCGUAUCUCGUACCGCGGUACCAUUAAUAGUAUCAUUUCGUACCGCGCUCUCAUUGGUUGAUCAACACGCGUUGCCAACCUUGACAACUGCCCCAUACCAACAUCACUUCUGUGAUCUUAAUAAUUAUUGUGAUUUCUGCAAUUGAGGUUAUGUUAUGAUGUUUGUUGUGGUAUUUGGUUUUAAUACGUUAUAUAAAAAGAUAUUAAUCGACGGUGAGCUUCAGAAAAAGAAAUGCCUCCUCCUGAGAAAAGUACAAGAAGCAACGGCUGAAAUAGUUACCUACAUUGAAAGAAUCUACAAAAGAAGAAUUACCAAAUUGAAUGAAAGAAUAGACACAACAGAGAUGAAAAUUAAGGCUAACACAUCAUUGAGAGCCAAGCGUAAUUUGUUUAGUAAAAUCUUGUUCCUCUAUAUUUAUGAUGAUGUUGAUUGUGAUGAUGAUAAUGAUGAAGACGACGACAACGACAAAGAUUAUGAAAAUGACAUUCAUUUUAAUUCAGAUUCUAAUAUGGAUAUGGAGAAAACAGCUUCACCGGAACCUAACUGCUCAAUCAGUUGAAAAAACGGAAGAUAUGUGGACUCUGCUACAGUUCUGUACCUUUUAAACAAACACAGUGACUGGCCUACAUUAGGUGUUUUAAUGUAAAAUGGACAAUAAGACCCGACGUUAAGCAGCUCUUUAACUAAAAUCAAAGAUGAUGAAAAAGAUUGCCUUAUGAACAUUACCUAGUUUCGAGUAGUAUUUUUUUUUAUUUGGUUAUUUCAAUUUUUACAUGUAGACUUCUAUUGAAUGUAUUGGAUAAAAGGCGAUUUCCAUGUGAACGAUAAUGAUUGCCAAAAUCAAGGAUGAUGGAGAUUUUUGACUCAUGAACAUGACCUAGUUUCAAGUGUUUUUUCAAAAUUGCUUUUUUAAUAUUUUCAUGAGAACUUGUAAUAAAUGUAUUCCAAAUCAA